GCAGCGCGGUCUGAUAAGCAUCUCGUGAGCAGCUUCGGCAAUUGGUGCAGGAAAUGGAAUCCCUGCUCGGUCUGGCCGCGAACGCCACCACGCUGGUGGCGGCUGGGGAUGAGUUUGCUGGCCCGAGUGUUAGUUUUGUGCAACGCAAGUGGAACGGAUUUAUAGAUGUGAUCGGAGACGAUCCGGACACGCUGUACAUGUGGUUUCUGACCGCGUACACGUACGGAUUCUUCUGGAUCGUCGGCGGCCUGUUCGUGCUGAUGGAUCUCACCAACAGGCCGCGGUUUUUGCGCAAGUUCAAGAACCAACCGGGCGCUAACGAGCCCCUCGAGUGGGCGAAGCUGAAGGAGCUGGUCAAAACCGUCGCCUACAACCAGCUCGUGUUCGGGCUGCCGACGUCCUACCUGUCCUACCACGGGCGGAAGUUGAUCACCGACACGCUGCCGGACGUGCGCGAGCUCCCGCCGGCCACGAUCAUCCUCCGGGACAUCCUGGUGUGCAUCGUGGCCUGGGAGAUCACGUUCUACUACAGCCACCGGAUGCUGCACUCGAGCUUCUUCUACAAGCGAAUCCACAAGCAGCACCACCAGUGGACGGCUCCGGUGGCCUGGUCGGCAAUGUACGCCCAUCCUUUCGAGUUUGUUAUCAGCGACCUGCUACCGGUGUACGUUGGGCCAGCCCUUAUGACGAGCCAUGUCUUCACGAUCGUCAUCUGGUUCACGUUCGUCAUGAUGGACACGCUCGUAGAUCACUCGGGGUACCAUCUGCCGGUGCUCGGGAGCUCCGAGAUGCACGAUUAUCACCAUCAGAAAUUCAACCAGUGCUUCGGUCUGUUCGGCUGGUGCGACGGACUGCACGGCACGGACAGUGAGUUCCGGAAGAAGAAACAGUACCAGCGACACCACCGCAUCUUCGGUCUGAAGUCGGCGCGCGAGCUUGUCCCGGAGCAUUGAGUGGACUUCAUAAUGGAGCCUUCAGACUCGAAGGACGGGGCUCUCGGACGGUUUUGUAGAAAGGGGGUACAAACGAUUAGCGAGGGUGUGUCUGUGUUAGAGUUUAGGGUUCGCUCCUUCGGGACUUCAAGCGAAGGGCAAGCGAAGACUACGCCUAGGUGAUACAUAUAGUGUGGGGUUUCCAGCGAGCUGAUGUUACACAGCUUCAAAAGUACUCUAGAAGAUAAAUAAACUAACUGAACUGCUAAAAUAUAAUAUCCCCUGUGCUCGAUGGUUGGCGGUGGUCGCAGCACAGCGUCACCUCGUAUAUCUGAUUACGGAAUAAAAACAGCAUC